AUGGCCGCCGGCGGCGAGAGUGGUCCGGCGGCGGCGUCGGCCCCGUUGCUGAGGAGGAGGCAGUGCUACGAGGGGUGCCCCGGGUGCCGGCUGGACGAGGCGAACAAGACCAACACCGGCGUCCCCUACCUCAAUUUCUUCUACAUCUGGGUCGUCUGCCUCGCCGCCGGUAUGUACGAUUACGAAGAUGAGAGCCCUCCCUAA